AUAACAGGCACAGGGUGAUUAAAAUGCUUUAAACCUAUAUUGCUGAGAUGUACCAAUCAACGUUUCAUCCCUAUAUUUUUAGUUACUAUAAUAAUAAACAUUUUUAUUUAACAUUUACAUUAAACAAAUGGAAAAGAUAUGUCGAGUUUGCCUGGCGAACCACGACGAACUGAUCAAUAUAUUCCAUGGAAAGCCUGGACUUGGACUUUCGAUUCCGGAGAUGAUUACCCAGUGGUCCGGCUAUCGAGUUUCAAAAGGUGACUCCCUUCCCGAACACAUUUGUCCAAGUUGCCUGGAAGAUGCGCAGCAUGCAUGCAAGUUUCAAAAGUAUUUAAAAACCCCAAAGAGCGAACCUCCUGAUUUGGUUGAAAUUGAUCAAUUCACUGAAAACGUUCAAGAGUACGUAAUAUGUGAAGUCGACUUAUAUCAAUCCUAUUGCCAUAGUCAGCGAACUAAGGAUGCUCUUGGGGAUCAUCAGGAUUCGGCUUCCCUAGUGCUUCCUCGCAAUACAAGGAAAUUCGAUGAUCGUGACCGUUCCCAUUGCCUCUCCAGAGAAACACCUAACCAAGACGCACAAACUGUGAUAUCCACACCGGUGGACAAGCAAGACACCCGGCUGGGCACUCAAGAAAAACCACAUAAAUGUUGUUACUGCCCAAAGGCCUUUACGGUCAAAUAUCACCUUACAAAGCACAUCCGGACUCAUACGACAGAGCGACCGUUUCAGUGCCCACAGUGCCAGUGGUCCUUCAAACAAAAAUACCAUCUUAAACGACACAUGCUGCUCGUCCACACAGCAGUUGGACCAUACAAGUGCUCAGCAUGCGAAAGGGCCUUUAAGAGCUUAAAUCUUCUCCUAACUCACAAUUUGAUUCACUAUUCGGAAGUUCUAGAAAAUGUAAAUCAAACAAGCCCGGCAGGUCCAUACAACGCACUGUAAUUUAAUAUAAAGCUAAGGUUUUAGAAAAUCACCUAAGUAAUAAAAAAACAUUUUUACGCAAAA